CACUGCGUCUGUUGAACGUACCCCUGUGGGUAACGACGUGCUGACGUAAGACGUGUGAACAACAAACAGUUGUUGGACUUCAACAAGCUAGCGAAUGGUAACGCUUGACAAAACAGGUUCAACGUACUUCUCCCGGAUAGAGAGACACCUACGAAACCUGAGCGGUUGGAACAUCUUUAUAUUCUCAUAAUAAUUACCACUGUUCGUACCGGCAGGUGUAGCUUCGGCACGGUUCCCUAGCGCUAACGUUAGCCACCGAAACAUACUAAUUUCUCGGAGUGUGACGCCUGUUUUUUUUCUGGCUGCCGCUGGUCGAGGGUUGUGAUGUGAGCAGCCGAGUUGCAGCACGACAGAGGGUGAGACAAGCGCUACAGCCGGAAAAUAUUUUUCUUGACACAGAAGAAUGGACUUUUUCGUGGAGAAACAGACGGGCUCACGUAAAGAAGCGGGCAUGCGAACGUACACAGGCCUGGACGUCAUUGUUAGGCAACAACUUUAGCAAGCUAGCUAACAUUAGCUCGCUCAAAUCCAAGCAAAUGAAUUGGUUUGGUGUCGGGCACUAAGCUCACUCUGCUAGCGUAAUGGAGGCACCCUGACUUGUUUAUUUCAAUUGACUGUCCUGGUCAUCUUAAAUACUGCUGGCAAUGUGGUGACGACCAGGGAGCAUUUCAACGGUUCCCACUUGGAGCAAUAGGACACGGUUGGCAGAAAUUAUUAAGUGUGGUGGUUGCCUGCCUGGGUGUUGAUAGUUGAGCAAAGUUGCCUGGUUUGGCAUAUAAAUAAUUACUGAAAUAAUAUCUAUUUCACAUAUUUCUUGUAUUGAUAUUUGUGUGAAAUUGCACUUUAAUUAGGUAUUUUUUUAAGGAUGCACCAAAGUCACCUGUGAUUUGUGAAAACUAUCAUUUAAAGUACAACAAACUAGUUAGAAUAUAGAUAUCAUUUUCUGAUUGCACUUGAAUAUAAUUUGGUCAAUAAAGGAAAAGGAUAGGUGAACAUUUAUGUAUAUUGUUGUGAGACAAAGGCCAGAAGCAGGCUUAUCCAUGUCAGUUGGUUCCUAGUUACUGUUUAACCCAAUAUCUAGGCUGUCAGGCACAGUGAAAGUCUGAGUUUGACUGGAAAUGAAAACAUGAAUAUCGAAGAGCAGUGUCUAGAUUUGUGCAACGUCAAGACUAAAUCUAAUGUGGACGAUGAUCACAACACUACCAACAACACAGAAGGGGUCACCCCCCGGAUCUCUGAACUGAUGACGGACAGUAGCACAGAAAAACUAAACAUUGUUCCCACAGAGGCCUCCGAAACGUACCUGAUGCCUCAGCUCACUGACAACCUUCAGACCGCUGAGGAGGACAACCACCAGGCACAAGACACACUGGAAAUUGAUGAGGUCAAUGGAAAUAGAAAGGCCACUGCUCAAGACACCCCCGUGGUAGUGAAUCCCACUGACUUGAUCUUUUCUAAUGAUGAGCAGCACAAGGAUGAUAUUGGGGUUGAGAAAAUGAAGGAAGAUAAGGACACUGAUCCUGCAACAUUUGUUGCGGAAGAAGGGGAUGAUGGUGGGGACAUGGACAUAGGUGUGGAUCUGAGUCUCGAUGAGAGUGGGGUGUUGGAGGCAGAAUCAACAAAUGUCCCAUCAUUUUCAGACAAUACUUUAGACUCAGAAUCCACGUCUCAGGAUGUCCCAGCUGGCAGCACGGCAGAGAGCCCGUCAAAUGCAAGCCAUACAUGCAGCACCGAAGCUUCUGCCACAGGCCAGGCUGGACUGUACCCUUCAGUGGAGGAGGGGGACGAUAAACACAAACCAAGUGGCAAAAGGGUGACAUUUCCAUCAGAUGAGGAUAUUAUCUCUGGUGCAGUGGAGCCCAAGGACCCCUGGAGACAUGCUCAGAAUGUGACGGUGGAGGAGAUCCUCUCUUCCUACAAACAAGCCUGUCAGAAACUCAACUGUAAACCCAUACCCAAAGUGCUCAAACAGAUGCAGGAACUGAAAGACCUGACUCAACGAAAUGAAUGCUUAGAUCUAAAAGGUGAGAAGCUGGACUACAAAGCAUGUGAGUCUCUGGAAGAGAUUUUGAAGAGGGUCCAGUUUAAAGUGAUAGACCUGGAGCAGACCAACCUGGAUGAAGAUGGUGCGUCAGCUCUGUUUGACAUGAUCGAGUACUAUGAGUCAGCCACGCAUCUCAACAUCUCCUUCAACAAGCACAUUGGCACACGGGGAUGGCAGGCCGCAGCUCACAUGAUGAGAAAGACGAGCUCUCUGCAGUAUCUCGAUGCACGUAAUACUCCUCUGCUGGACCACUCGGCUCCCUUUGUAGCGCGAGCGCUCAGAAUCAGUGGCAGCCUGGCAGUCCUCCACCUGGAGAACGCUGGUUUGUCGGGCAGACCGCUCAUGUUACUGGCUACGGCUCUGAAGAUGAAUAUGAACCUGCGGGAGUUGUAUCUGGCAGACAACAAGCUCAAUGGCCUGCAGGACUCUGCCCAACUUGGCAACUUGCUCAAGUUCAACUACAACAUUCAGAUCCUGGACCUGCGCAACAACCACAUCCUAGACUCUGGUUUGGCCUAUGUGUGCGAAGGUCUAAAAGAGCAGAGGAAAGGCCUCGUCACUUUGGUGCUAUGGAACAACCAGCUUACACACAAUGGCAUGGGCUACCUCGCUGCUGCACUGCCAUGCACCCAGAGUCUCGAGACCCUGAACCUCGGCCAUAACUCUGUGGGUAACGAAGGGAUCCACAAGCUGAAAGACGGACUGAUUGCCAACCGCUCUGUGCUCAGACUGGGCCUCGCUGCCACCAAACUGUCCUGCGAAGGAGCUGUGGCUGUGGCUGAAUUCAUUGCCGAGAGCCCCAGACUGCUGCGCCUGGACCUUCGAGAGAAUGAGAUCAAGACGGGUGGACUGAUGGCCCUGUCGCUCGCGCUAAAAGUCAACACCUCUCUGUUGCGUCUCGACCUUGACCGGGAGCCCAAGAAAGAAACUGUGAAGAGCUUCAUUGAGACCCAGCGCGGCCUGCUGGCUGAGAUCCAGAAUGGCUGCAAGAGGAACUUCAUCCUGGCUAAGGAGAAGGAGGAAACAGAGCAGAUGAUGCGGCAGUCGGCAUCCAUGGCUGAAAUCGCCACAGAGGAUGGAACCAGAGAAGUAGAGGAGGAAGAACCAGCAGGAGAGGAGAGAGGGGACACAAAGAGGAAAGAGGAAGAAGAAAAAGGUGAAACAACAGGAAAUGAAGGACCGACGAGCAGCCAGUCAGGAGAGGCCACUGAGACGAGCAUUCCCCAAAUGAUCCUGGAGUCGGACUCAGACACUGAGGAUGAGGAGGAAGAGGAGGUGGUUACAAAGUCCUCUUCCACGUCAAACUCCUCCACUCGCUUAAACCAGACCCCUACUCAAACCCAGACAGGGGUUGCGCAGCCCCUCCUCAGUGCCUCAUGUACGCCCUCACCCCCGUCUGCCUCACCUACUGGCGGGCCGAGUGUCAUUUCAGGCAUCACCAUCACAGAAUCCACGGUCCCUCCCGGCACCCCUCCAUCUCCUGGUCGCUGUAUAUCUGUCUCUAGUCCGGGGAGGGGUCACAAGAUCUUCAUGGUAACUCGGGUGGAGAGCCCCCCUGAGCAGCAGCAGCAGCUGCUACAGCUCCAGAACAGCACAACUGCAGCUCCCCGCCAGUCUAAAGCGGCCUUAGAGAAGCCUGUAGACCUGAACACACCCACAACACGUCAGACACCGUCCUCAUCUCAAACACAAGUGACACAGGAGGACGUGAAGGAGAGCUCGCCUGCUCUGUCAACAGACUGUAAACUCACACAGCAGAGUCCUGUAGCGCACUUAGAGUCCGCACUAAAUCCUACACUAGAGCCACAGUCUACAAGUCAACCCACGGAGGACGUGACCGCUAGCACUUUAGAUCCGGAAGUGACAGAUCCAAGUCAACAAGCACCAGCACUGCCUUCAAAUUUGUCAUCAGAGCAGGCUGCAGCUUUUCAGUUCACUGAGGAGGUAACAGAGAGCCUUAAACAUGAGCCCACUUGUGUAGAAGGAGAGAAGGAAGGAGAAGUGGAGGAGGAAGGUCGUAUAGAAGAGGAGAGGCAGGUGAGCACAGCAGGAGAGUGUAAACUUUUAGAUGAACCGAGUCAAGCUCAGACUAUUAUCCCUGCAGUGCAAACACAGCAGCAGCAGCCUGCUCUAGAACUACAGGAUGAGCUAAUAUCUGCAUCAGAGGAGCGCCAGUCGGCAAACCAAACAGAGAAAGAAGAAGAAGAGGAGACACUUCCACUACAGGAGAAGCAGGAAGCACCAGCCGACGUGUCAGAAAAUGAAACACAGAGUUUAACAGAGAAAGAGGACAGCCAGCCAACCCAAGAGGAACCAUGUCCAAAGCUGCAAACGGAGGCAGAUGAACAGAGAGAAGUGUCUGUUCUCUCUGUCCAGACUGAGGAACCGUCUGUCACUCAGGGUGGAGCUCAGGAGUUAAAUCCUGGAGCAAGUGAAGCCUCAAAGAGUCCCCAACCUGCCACGACUGUCGAAGACGAGGAUUCACCCGAUGAGAGCUCUUCAGACGAGGACGAGUGUUUUGCAGAGGCUCCGGAGGAGAUAAUCGGUUCAGCUCUACCCAACGGCCUGAAGCCGGAGUUCUCCCUCCAUCUUCUCGACGCUGAAAGCCCCAAGCCCGGCAGCUGUGUGAUGGAGCACGUGAGUGUCAGCUGUGGACAAGAGCUGGAGGAGCUGCUGCUAGAAGCCAGUUUGGAGACGGGGAGAGACGCACCAUGAAGUUGUGAGGGACGGUGAGGACAGGAGAAAACAGCACUCAGAUAGUUUGUCUGGCUCUACUACGUGACUGGUUGACCUACAAUGUUUUUGUCAUUCCUUUGACUUUACCACCAACACGACUUUUCCAUAAAGGACAGAAGACCUGGUGUUGCAGUCGAAGCUCUACACAUAAAAAUCAAUCAAUCAAAUCUUGCAAAGACACAAAAGGAAAAAAUCAACUUCUGGAGCUUUGCUGUGACAAAUAAGGAACCUUUCACAUCCACACUACAUCAACCACUGAAAGACACAUACAUAUGCACAUUUUGAGGAAGAGGGGGAAAAAGAGGAAUAAAAUCACCCUGUUAUCACUACAUUUUGUCAAUCUGCAAUCUUUAUACACGAGCAGCCGCCUGUAAGUGAGAGAGAAGAGCGCUGGGGGAUAAAACACUAACCAAAGACAGAACACAGACCUUUCUCACAGCCCUCUUCUUGCUCUCUUGUGUAGAUUUCCACUGUAGUUGGUGAAAUAUCUAGCAAUUAAAGUUAUUUUUUUCCAUAAAACACAUACACAAAGACAUAACGGUGAUAAUAAGAAAAGUGGGGUUGAUGGCACAGUCACAAGACUAAAUAACGGUGACCGACCCUCCUGAGCGGACCUGCUGGCUUUAAACAUUUGUUCGAAAGGUCAAUGUCAAAGGCUUUUAUAUCUGAGGAAGCUGAAGAUGUUAACGUGUCUGUUUAAAUGUCAACGUUUUAUGUCUGUGUCCCCACAACCCGACCAUUUCUCCCCCUUCGGGAAAAAAUAAGAAACUCUUAAGGGACCUCUGCCAAAGUGACGCCCUCUUUGUCUGUUUUCUCAUCCUCUGCUCACUUUGGCCCCUCAGGAAUCAGCGUCCCCCUCCCGUCAGUCUCCUCAGAUCUGAUGUGGAGGAGCUGUAACUGUCUCUCCGCCUGCCUCCGCAACAACAAUAAAAAAAAAACGCUUUUUGAAAGUGACAAAGUCGGUAAUUUUGCUCCCAGCUGAAAAACC